AUGGAAGUCCACCAGCCAAAGCAGCAGGAGCAGCAUGCGGAAGAUUAUAAAUCAGCAAAGGUAGAUGUUACUGUGUCCCAAGGAAAAACCCACGUUUUGCCCGAGGAGCUGUCUGAAUCAUCGAAAGGAAGGAAGUACAAAGAUGUAGCUGCUGCAGCUCUAGAGGCUUUUGAAUCAGCAGCUUAUGCAGCACAAGCUGCAAGAGCCGCUGUUGAACUCUCAAGAUAUGAUUCUAAUGACAAUGAACAAGAUGAUUAUGGUGAUUCUAGUCAUGGACAAGGGACUUUGUAUGAUUCUGAUGGGUUAUUGACACCUGAACUUCAAAGCAGAUAUGAAGCUUCAAAGGAGAACAAGCAAUCAAAUGAUAGGUUGGUAUUUAAUGAAAUCCAUACCAUUGACAAUAUCAGUUCUGAAUCAGAAGAUGAAAACAUGAAAGAAUACGAAAGAGUGCAUCUAAAGGAAUUUGAAGAGAUCAAAACAAAACCUGGAUUUGAUAGGACGCCAUCUAAUUCAAGUUCAGAUUCCAACAGGAGUAAGUGGAAUGAGAGAAAACAACUUUCAGAUUCGCUCUCCCACAAUAAACCAGUAGGUAAAGAUAGGGUUUCAUAUUUCGUUCACAAUAAGGCUGAGAGGGAACAAGUGAGAAUUACAUCACCAGAGCACCAUGACUUGAACUUGUACAGAAAUACUAAUUUGCUUGCAGAUGAAAACCAACACAUCAGACAGUAUAAUGAAGUUCAUGAAGAAGAUGCCUCAGAUGAGGAUGAAAAUAAGCUUCCAUACCAAUCUCCAAAGUGGAUUCCACUGAAAUCUCAUGCCGAUGCUUUGAUAAAUCCCACAAAAGGAAACUAUGAGUAUAAAAUCGCACACUCUGCAAAUUCUGAUGAGAAAUUAAGCUCACGUCCAAACAUAGACAAGAAGCCUUUAUCUGUGAGGACUAGAAGAGCAAAGGGGGCCUGA